AACGACGAAAUCAAUCAGUCUGCUUGUGACCUGGCAAAGGGCGUGGCACAAGAGGGAGGGGUGUUUGCAGCAGGGUCCAUCUGUCAAACAGCAAAGCUUUACGUAAAUGGUGCCGGUAAAGAAAAAAUACAGAAAAGAUUCGAGGAACAGAUCCAAAUAUUUCUAAAGAAUGACAUGGAUCUUCUGAUCGCCGAGUUCUUUGAGUAUGGCGAAGAAGCUGAAUGGGUCGUAGAAGUGAUGAAAACCACAGGUAAACCAACUGCCAUUACGAUGUGCAUCGGACCACAGGGAGACUUUGCUAAUGUGUCACCAGGAGAGUGCGCAGUGAGACUGGCAAGAGCAGGUGCUGAUAUCGUCGGAGUAAAUUGUAAGUUCGAUCCCACUACUUCCAUAAAAACUCUCAUUCUAAUGAAAGAAGCUCUGGAUAAAGAAGGACUCAGUCCUCAUCUGAUGAUCCAACCUGUUGGUUACCACACUCCAGACGCCGGAAGAGCUGGAUUUGCUAGUUUACCUGAGCUACCAUUUGCUCUGGAGCCUCGUACACUUACCAGAUGGGACGCACAUAAAUACGCCCGGCAAGCCUAUGACAUGGGGGUGAGGUUCAUCGGCGGCUGCUGUGGAUUCGAACCAUAUCACAUCCGGGCUAUCGCAGAGGAGCUCUCUCCAGAACGCGGUUUUCUUCCUGUUGCAAGUGAAAAACACGAACCGUGGGGGGGAGGGUAUAAAAAUCACCCGAAAGAAUGGAUGGGACGAAGGGCUAACCGCGCUUAUUGGGAAAAUCUGGAACCUGCUAGUGGUCGUCCUUACUCUCCCGCGGUCUCAAAGUUUGACGGACCUGCUUAAUGAAGUCACAGUCGAAUAUAAAUUUCACUUGCUAAAAGAAAUUUUAGUUUAGCAACUUGUAUUCGUACUCACAUAGAAAAAUCCAACAAAAAGGAAAUUUUAAGAUAUUAUUUCUGACCAUUCGCUAUCUUGUAACUAUACUGAAAGUUAACAUAGACAAAUGAAGCCUCUUGCUUAUGGGGAACCAUUUGUGCCAGAAUUAUCAAUCGCUUGUUGUAAAACUCAGUCGUUAGAGCUAGCAACAAAUCGUGAUUGUAAAUAAAUUUUAGUUUUCAUUCUAAAAUGAUCAAUCGUUAGCGCUAAACCUCAAUCGCUUGUGUUGUUGCACCAAACGCCAUUGUAAGACUCCAAUUAAAAGCGCUAAUUAUAAAUCGCUGUUGUUCUGAGACAGAUCGAUAGUACUAAAUAUCGAUCAUAGGUUUUAGUGUCAAACGAUAGAGUAAAAACUUUA